GCGCGGGGCAUGUUCGUCUUCGGCUACGACAACUACAUGGCGCACGCCUUUCCCCAGGACGAGCUCAACCCCAUCCACUGCCGCGGCCGUGGGCCCGACCGCGGGGACCCUUCAAAUCUGAACAUCAAUGAUGUACUAGGGAACUAUUCGUUGACUCUUGUUGAUGCAUUGGAUACACUUGCAAUAAUGGGAAAUUCAUCUGAGUUCCAGAAAGCAGUUAAGUUAGUGAUCAACACAGUUUCAUUUGACAGAGAUUCUACCGUUCAAGUCUUUGAGGCCACGAUAAGAGUCCUGGGAAGCCUUCUUUCUGCUCACAGAAUAAUAACUGACUCCAAGCAGCCCUUUGGUGACAUGACAAUUAAGGAUUAUGAUAAUGAAUUAUUGCACAUGGCCCAUGACCUGGCUGUGCGGCUCCUCCCUGCUUUUGAAAACACCAAGACGGGGAUCCCCUAUCCUCGGGUGAAUUUAAAGACAGGAGUUCCUCCUGACAGCAAUAAUGAGACGUGCACGGCAGGAGCUGGCUCCCUCCUGGUGGAAUUUGGAAUUCUCAGCCGACUGCUGGGGGAUUCCACGUUUGAGUGGGUGGCCAGACGAGCAGUGAAAGCCCUUUGGAACCUCCGGAGCAAUGACACAGGAUUGUUAGGCAAUGUUGUGAACAUUCAGACGGGCCAUUGGGUUGGAAAGCAGAGUGGCUUGGGUGCUGGGCUGGACUCCUUCUACGAAUACCUCUUGAAAUCUUACAUUCUCUUUGGAGAAAAAGAAGACCUAGAAAUGUUUAAUGCGGCAUACCAGAGUAUUCAGAACUACUUAAGAAGAGGGCGGGAAGCCUGCAAUGAAGGUGAAGGAGACCCCCCACUCUACGUCAAUGUGAACAUGUUCAGUGGGCAGCUGAUGAACACCUGGAUCGACUCUCUGCAGGCCUUCUUCCCUGGGCUGCAGGUGCUGAUAGGAGAUGUGGAAGAUGCCAUCUGCCUCCAUGCCUUUUACUACGCUAUAUGGAAGCGAUAUGGUGCCCUCCCUGAGAGGUAUAACUGGCAGCUGCAGGCUCCUGAUGUUCUCUUCUACCCACUGAGACCAGAGUUAGUGGAGUCCACAUAUCUCCUCUACCAGGCAACCAAGAAUCCCUUCUACCUCCAUGUAGGAAUGGAUAUUCUGCAGAGUUUGGAAAAGUACACAAAAGUCAAGUGUGGGUAUGCCACGCUGCAUCAUGUCAUCGACAAAUCCACAGAGGACCGGAUGGAGAGCUUCUUUCUUAGCGAGACCUGUAAAUACUUGUACUUGCUUUUUGAUGAGGAGAAUCCAGUACACAAAUCUGGAAACAGAUACAUGUUUACAACAGAGGGACACAUUGUAUCUGUGGACAAACAUCUUCGGGAAUCACCCUGGAAAGACUUCUUCUCUGAAGAGGGAGGGCAGGACCAAGAGGGAAAGCCUGUGCACAGGCCUAAAUCUCAUGAGUUAAAAGUCAUCAACUCCAGCUCCAAUUGCAAUCGUGUUCCUGAUGAGAGGAGAUACUCCCUGCCCUUAAAGAGCAUCUACAUGCGACAGAUUGACCAAAUGGUUGGCUUGAUUUGAUCUGCUCUCCUUUUUGUGGCCUCAUCUCAAACCAUACUGAACCCACUGAACCCGGACCAUGCCAAAGUCCAGUCAGAGGUGGAAGUGGAUGGAAAUCUGACCGUCCAUGAUGGUGUAGAAAUUCUAUCUGGCUCCUCACCCACGUCUGGUUAAUUCUUGCACACUUCAGUAUUUCUCUUCUGCUCAAUAAAAUGCCCUGUUUUUAUUAAGAAUAUAA